AUGAGUGAGUGUUUGAAAUAUCAAGAACCAGAUAGAUGGUGCAUGAGAAAUGCAAUUAUUUCACACAACAUUGAUUUUGUUACAUUCUUGAUGAAUGAAUAUGAUUUAGAGAUUGAUUUAGAUUAUUGUGGAGAAUAUAAUAAUCUUGAAUCAUUUUUAAUUUAUUUUGAUCAAACUAAUGAUAUUGAUGAUUGCAUACUUUUUUCGGCGAAGUUCAAUAUUGCAACUCUUUGUGAAUAUUUUCUUUCACAUGGAGGAAAUGUCAAUUGUUCAGAUUUUUAUGGACAAACCCCUCUUCAUUAUACAGUAGAUAGAAAUAGUAAAGAGGCAGCCGAGCUUCUUCUUUCAUAUGGUGCAAAUAUCAAUGAAAAAGACAUGUAUGGAGAAACAGUCCUUCAUUUGUCAAUACGGACCAAAAAUAAAGAUAUUGUUGAAUUUCUUCUUUCACACGGUGCCAAUGUCAAUGAAAAAAAUGAUUGUUUACAAACAGCUCUUAAUAUUGCAGUAUUUUAUGAAAAUGAAGCUAUCAUUGAACUUCUCAAAUCACAUGGGGCAAAAUUAUGA